AUCAUUUUCCAGACCCAGUAUAUCCUGGAGUAGAAGUGCAUUCGCUAGAGCUCUCUGCGGCGAAGUAUUGCCGCACUGCUUCUUUCGCUUCCGCGUGAUGUCUGGAUAAUCGUAAUAUAUAUUUUUUAAAAAACGUUUUUUUGUCUUUACGAAGCCAAAAGUUGGAUUAAAAUACUGUAUUUGACGGUAGACUACCAUUAACCAUUUACCCCGAGGCAAUGACACGUAAUUUAAUACGGGAAACGAAACAAGCGGGGGUGGGAAAUUCUAAACCAGUAUAACGCAGGUUAUUUUCCCCUGGCCCAGAUAUUUUUCAUCGAACUUGAGACAUUAACGCCCUCGAUCAACCGUUUCUUUCAUGACAAAACGUUACGACGCAGAAAUGACAUUGUAAGGAGAUGAUCAGUCUGGUUAUAUGCUAACGUUAUCUGGAUGGAUUGUCCAAUGGAUCAGAAAACGACAUUAAAGACACAGGUGACAAAGGUUGGCUAAGAUUGCUAUGCUAGCCAUCUAGCUUGACAAGCUGCUCCGUUGAUGGAAGAACUGUGGCACCCAUUUACACGUAGCUGCUAGGAACGUAAACUAACGACGCUAACUAGUCAGAUAGGUCAAGUGUUUUUUACCAACGAUUUGGUAAGUCAUGUGUGUUGGUACAGGAAAUGUAACGUUUUGUUAGAAAACGGCAAAUUGACUGCAUUGUUCUUGGGCAGAUAAGUUAGCUAAAGCUAUCCGCUGUUAACUUAGCAGAUGCUAUCUCCUUGUCUGAUGUCAACGGUAACGUUAGCUAAUUAAUGAUAGAGCUGUGGAGGAAGCAGAACUCGUUUAGCGUUAACCUGAGAUACUUAAAUGUGUUGCAUUUGUUUGAUUUCAGACAGUUUUUGGUUGAUAAUUUAGAUAAGGGAUCUGUAGGGCAAUUUGAUUGAUGUGUCGUGAUUCUAGCUGGCUAACAUUAAGUUAGCCAAUUUAUCACAUGCAUAGACGAAAGAGUGCAGCUACACUGACUAAACAUCAAGUGAAAAUGCUAAAGGCCAUCUAUCUUAUACUCUGGUGAACAAUUGAAAGACAUUUAACUGUUUACUGUCAAGAUACAUUUCCUCCCCAUGCAAUGGAUUUAAAAACGGCCGUCUUCAACGCUGCCAGGGAUGGGAAGCUUAGGCUGCUCCAAAAACUAUUGGAAAACAAAAGUGACCCCGAGGUCACUAAACUUAUGUCUGAGAAAACAAACGGGGCAACGCCAUUACUAAUGGCUGCGAGAUAUGGACAUCUUGAGCUCGUGGAAUAUCUUUUGGAAUGUUGUUUAGCCCCUGUCGAAGUCGGGGGGUCUGUCAAUUUUGAUGGCGAGACAAUAGAGGGGGCUCCACCAUUAUGGGCUGCUUCGGCUGCUGGACACUUGAAAGUGGUACAGUCGCUGGUAGGCCAUGGAGCUUCCGUGAACAACACAACUCUGACGAACUCAACGCCUCUAAGAGCCGCGUGUUUUGACGGACAUCUUGAUAUUGUAAAAUAUCUGGUGGAACAUAAAGCAGACCUUGAAGUGGCUAACAGACAUGGGCAUACAUGUCUCAUGAUUUCCUGCUAUAAGGGCCACAAGGAAAUUGCUCAAUACCUUCUGGAAAAGGGUGCAGAUGUCAACAGAAAAAGCGUGAAGGGCAAUACAGCCCUUCAUGACUGUGCUGAGUCAGGCAGCCUUGAAAUACUUCGUUUACUGUUGGAUUAUGGCGCCCGAAUGGAACGUGAUGGUUAUGGCAUGACACCGUUGCUGUCGGCCAGUGUGACGGGCCAUGCAAACAUUGUGGACUACCUGGUCCAGCACCCAUUAACACCCCCUACUGAGCGGGCAGAUGCGCUCGAACUGCUGGGUGCCACUUUUGUGGAUAAGAAGCGAGACCUCCUGGGCGCCCUGCAACACUGGCGACAGGCCCUGGAGCUGCGUCACACAGAUCCUGUAAACCUUCUACCCAAGCCCCAGCCUGAACAACUUGUGGCAGCGUAUGACUUUGCAGUGGAAGUGAGCUGUGAGGAAGAACUUGACGCACUCAUUUCCGAUCCAGAUGGCAUGCGCAUGCAGGCACUGCUGAUCCGUGAGCGUGUACUUGGACCUGCCCAUCCAGACACCUCAUACUACAUCCGUUACCGUGGUGCUGUGUACGCUGACUCUGGCAACUUUGAGCGCUGUGUGGCACUAUGGAGCUAUGCUCUCGACAUGCAGCAGCGUCACCUGGAGCCUCUCAGCCCAAUGACCGCAAGCAGCCUGCUGUCCUUUGCUGAACUCUUUUCCUUCAUGUUGCAGGACCGUGCUAAAGGCCUUCUUGGCACCUCUGUUUCCUUCCAUGACCUUAUGGCCAUUUUGGGCAAGAGUGUGCUGGAGAUAGAGCGUGCCAUUAAACAUAAGUCUGAUGGGGCAGGCUCACUAAUGACGGUGGCAGCAACUUCCACCCCAGACCCAGCCCAGCUGAGCAAAGCACUCUCCAUCAUCCUGCACUUGAUCUGUUUGUUGGAAAAAGUGCCCUGUACGCUGGAACAAGACCACUUAAAGAAGGAGACGAUCUACCGUUUCCUUAAGCUUCGGCCAUGUGGCAAGAAUGGCUCAAGCCCACUGCACCUGGCAGCUGAUCGUGCCACCACCUGUGUGGGCCGCUACCCUGUCUGCCGCUUUCCCUCACUGCAAGUGGCUGCCGUGCUGCUUGAAUGUGGUGCCGACGUCAAUUGCCGUGAUGCACAAGACAAUUCUCCACUCCAUGUGGCUGCCUCCAAUCAACAGCCGGAGUUGAUGCGGCUGCUGAUUGAUCGUGGCACACAUUUUGACAGCACCAAUGCAAUGCGACAAACUGCCUGUGACCUGUUGGGCCAGAAGGAGCUGGCACGCAGCCUCAUCCAGCCAGUCAACCACACCACUCUGCAGUGCCUGGCCGCUCGUGCCAUCAUCCAACAUGGCUUGGUCUACCAGGGCAACAUACCCCAGCGCCUGGAGGACUUUGUGCUCUUGCACAGAUAGUGGAGACUUUUUAACUAACCAAGGAACAAAACCAGGAGUGAAAUGGCUGUAUGACUGAGAGGAAUGAUAAGCGAGGAAAAUAAGGGAAACUGAAACAUUCAUAAUACCUUUGCCCUUCCCCCUAUUGCUUUGUUUUUAUUUAUUUAUUUUUUUCCAAUGUCUACUGCCCUUUUUCCAAAGCAUUGUCCAGUUGCCUAAGCUAAGGAUAACUUGGCCCGAAUUAGUUUUUGAUGACAUGAUGCAAAACCUGAGAAACCAGGGUGCUUUUCUCCAAAGUCACUCCUGAUUUCUCUGUUUUGUCUCUGCCUCUAUGCACUUCUCCCUUCACUGACAGCAGACAUCUAUGGCUCUUUUCCUCUGCAGAAACUUAUCUUUGAGAAGCUUUAUAAUGUGUUUUGAGGUUUGCACAUGCCAUAAGUGCUUUAAUCCUCCUAUGCACAGGCUAGGAUAGACUGUUCUGUGUUACAAUACAGUAAAACUAAAGUUUUGUUUUCAUGUCACAGCCUGUGUGUUUUGAAAGUCUUUGAUAUUCAUGUUCUAUGAUUGGAGCCAUCAAACAGCAGAGGGCAUUUUUAUGGUCCUCAGUGGAGAAUGAAUGAUCUUACAAAUCAGUUAUUGACAGAAGUGAAUUGAUUGGCUGCUGUUAUUUCCAGCUCUUUUCUAGUUUUCUGCAGUCAUUUUGGGAACUUUGAGCCCUCUUGUUCUAAGGCAAGCUGUAAACAACAUAAAGACAAAAGUCCGGGGUGAUGCAAUUACCAUUAAACUUCACUACUGCACAUUAAUCAAUGCUGAACACCUCAGAGGUCUUUUGAUCUCAUAUUUGCAUUUUUGUUGAUUUUCUUUUUUUUUUUAACUCAUGUAAUUGUACUAAAAAGAUAAAGGCCUUGCAUGGGACAGGUGUGUUGUGAUGUAACAUUUGCACAAUUAACUGCAGUUGCAUUUUUUUGUUCUCUUUUAGGCACAGCAGAGGUUUUUGAAGUGUGUGUGGGUAUGUGUGCGUGCGGGUGUGUGGUGGUAGGGGUGGGGGGAGGCAUUUUGUGUAAUUUGGGCCAAUGGUUUAACACUAAGUCAUGAUGGGAUACUGACUUUUUAUGAAGCCAUGGACAAGACUUGACACAGGUCUAAAAAUCAACACUGGUCAAUACACAUGAUCAAACUAUUGCUUAGUUUUUUUGACCGGAUCAGGUUCAUUGGGUAUGUAAUGUCAUUAUUGUGUUCUCAGUUUCCUCCUCAUGUCUUUCUACUUUCUUCAUCGCCUUCUAGUCAGUCGUCUCUGUGAUUUGAGGGUUGGCUGUACUGUCAAUGACUUGCAAUCAUUUAAAAGAAAAAAAAACUCAUUUGAAAUGAUCUGUUUCCAUGCAUUGUCUUGCAUGUGAGGGCUACUCAUCAAAAAACUGCUUUGUGAAAAUCAGACAAGAAAGUAAGGGGUUAGAUUUGGUUUUACACCACAGGCAACAAUAGACUAUUUCCACACAUAAGUUUGAGUCUAAAUGGUUCUCAUACAUGUUAUCUUUUUUUUUGGGGCUUUUUAUGCCUUUAAUUGGACAGGACAGUAGAGAGAAUGACAGGAAGUGAGUGGGAGAGAGAGUCGGGGUGGGAUCCGGAAAGGACCACGGGGCGGGAAUCGAACCCGGGUCGCCGGCGUACGGUGCAGGUGCCCCAGCCAGUUGCGCCACUGCCGGGGCCAUCAUACAUGUUAUCUAUCUAAAUAUUUUUUAUCUGGUUGGUUGUUCUAUAUUGAUACAUGACUCACACCCCAAUCAUUGACACUGACCUAGGUGUGUGUUUGUGUGUGUCAUCUAAAUCAUUUAGAUUCCAGGAUCAUAUUUCUUAAUUGAAUCUGACAUCUUGUGAGUGUGGCAGACAGAAGAAAGAACAUCAGCCCAAUUGGUAAUUUAGCCUUAGACAUAAACCUUGUCUGGUGUGUCGAGUGAUCUGAUAGUACUAUAAGUAGUCAUGAAACUCUGGCAAGCCAACAAUGCAAUAGCAGGCUGGUUUGGUGACUGUAGAGACAAGGGGGGUACAUACUUUUAACAUUAACACAUUCAUAAUAGCUGCAUAUAAUGCUCUGUUCAUAUCAUGUCAAAGUAUUGGAACUCCUUUAGACAUUUACACGCCCUGUGCUCCUAAGCAUAGGAUGUGUGCGCUUAAGCCCAGUUUUCCUCUUUUAGGAAAAUAUCCAUUUAUAUCUUUUUGGGCAGGCUUACACUGACGACUGUCCAUUUCACCUGUGUGCUGGUGUUUGAUAUUUAAGCGAAUCAAUGGAGAAGCUGACACCUGUCAACCACUAGGAUAAAUAUUUCCACACAUUUUACUGUAAGCCGUCUUUGGUCUUUCUUCACUGUAGAUAAAAUAAAUAAUGCAAUCUUUUACUUAAAUGUCCAAUUACGUAGUGACAAACAUUGGUAUUUUUUCCUUGGGGUGGGGGUAUGCCUCUCAUCAUCUGUGCCCCUGCUUUUAGACUAUGUGAAAUCAAGGGCUUUCAUGGUUUUCUAGGAACUCAUUUCAUCACUAAGAGAACGCAGACACACCAUGCCAGCAGGGGGACUUGCACUUUAUUAUUUUGAGGUAUUGAGUAUUUCAUUCAUUACUUUGAGGUCUUGAGUAUUUCAUAUUACAGAGAUCAAUGCUUGUUUGAUGUCUCAACAGCAUAUUUGACAAUAAACCCCUGUUGCUAUUG